UGGUUUCCUGUCCACGCAGGAAAUAGCGUUCUUGUUUACCUUUUAGGAUCCAAGACAGAUGUCUUCCUUGCAAAUCCAUGGGUGACAGUUGCUAAAACAAUUAUGAAUAUUUAUUUUUUGGAAUUAUAGCUAAAAUACGUUUAUUUGUUUUGCCAUGGCUGCGAGUUUCUGCUGGUGCUACUUAUAUGUGCUAUUCCUGCUAUCUGCUCCUUCGUUCUUAUCCUGUCUGUUCGUCACGGGUGAACAGGUAGCGUUGGUGGAGGUUGUUCUGAGAGAACGACGAACCGUUAGCACCGUUUUACAAGGUGAGGUGAUCGAAGCAAGCUGGGGGAACACCGUCCUGGAAGAACAGAAACAAACGGAGCAUGUUUUAGAAGGAGAUUUAAGACUGGUGCAGGGUGACCAGCAGAAGGAAAGCCAGGAGGAAGAAGAUGAGGACGACCAGUCGAAAGAGCAGGAGCCGUGGAUAGGCGUGGUUCCCAUAAAGGUUGAGAAAAGCCAGGCUUCCACAGGGAAUCAGGAGUCAUUUGCUGCUGCUGUUGUCAACAAAAUGAAAAGAGCCUUGGUCCUUGGGGCCUCAGCACUCAUCAUCCUGGCCCUCAACCAGAACACAGUCAGAGAGAUGGAUCUCUCCCAGGUCAUCUCCAAACCAAUCAUUGUCAUCCAAACCUCUGAAAAUGUUACUAAGCUCAUCGGAGCCCUCCUCAGGGGUCUUCAGGCAACAGCCAAAAUAACAUACAAGACCAUUCUACAGGAUAAUCUGGGGGCCACCCUGACCCUGUGGUCCACCUGCGGUCGCUCCAGAGGGGGGAUCUACGGCGAGUGGCAGGGGGUCAUCUGUACAGGAGAGACCAACUCACAGGUCCAGAAGUACCUGCAGCAGCUGUGGAACACUGUCGUCCUGGUGGCCCUGCUGCUGUGCACAGGGGUCAUAGUUCAAGCUCGCUGGCAGUAUCAUGAAAACCAGCUCAACGACGAGUCCGAGUUGCUUCCUAAGCAGGACAUCCUGAAGAGGCUGUCGUCCCUGCAGACCAGGACGUACCGCCAGCCCAAGCCCUGGUGUGAGCCAGACCAGGCCGCAGAGAACGACCUCUGCGCCGUCUGCCUGGAGCCCUUCAACAACAACCAGUGUCUGCGCGUCCUGCCCUGCCUCCAUGAGUUCCACAGAGACUGUGUGGAUCCCUGGCUGCUGCUGCAGCACACCUGUCCUCUCUGUAAACACAGCAUCCUCAGUAGCCGCCGCAGAGACAGUUAACGCCAGCUAAGGUUUAGGACCGCCCACGCCGACCAAAAUACCAAUGAGAUCACGCCAUCUUGUCUUCAGACCUCACUUCCUCCUGCACUGGAUUGUGGGAACAGGGAACUCCACACGGCAGUUGGCUACCUGAUGGAACAGUGGUCUGGGUUGACCCCUGACCCACUCUGGGUUCAGCCAAUCCAGACACAGCUCCAUUGAAACUGUAAACUAUACUUGAUACUUAAUGUCAAAAGUACUGUUGUUGAAACAGUAUGGCGUCUUCCCAAGAUUUUGUUACUGUAUUGGCCCACAGGGGCUCUCGAAGGUGUGUUGGGUGUGUUGAAUAGUUCCCAAGUACCACAGACUCCCAUGGUUUUAAACAGGUCAUUUGAACCCAACGCAACACAAAGGAAAGACUAGGAAAAAUACCAGGAAACAUCGUUGCAUGGAUGUCAAACGUUACAGAAAUAGACGCAUUCUUGUACUCUUAAUAUAUGCAAUAAUCCAAAAGAAUAACAACAUUGAUCUAAAUGAAUGAACUGAAAAAUGUUAAAGGGUGUACUUGUAAUCUUGAAUUAACAAUUGCAUUAAUUGCCUUGAUUAACAAGCUACUAAUAUGAGCCUAGACAUGUUCCAACUGCAAGCAGACCAGAAAUGAGCUUACACUUAAAAUCACGAAGCAGUAAAUGUCUCCAGAAUAGCUGUCAGAGGGCUUUCGGCAGACAACCGAGGAGACCUGUGGCCUUCAGGGCUGGUCCUCAGUGGGUCCUGAGGACCAGGGCUGAAGGCCACUGGAGUAGACUGUGCCUGACUCCAGACAGGGCUGGAGAUGUUAGCUUUGAGACGAGCAGCAGAAGGUCAGACCCCCUGAAAACUAGGCAACCAGCCAAUGAUAAUGUGUCUGGGAAAGGUCGCCAGGAACCAAUAGGAUCACUUGAAUUACCGUCACUGCACCUACUCCAGUCGGUCGAUAAAACAGCACUUUGAGAGAGGAUUUAAGAGUAGAGCUUAGUAGUGACCUCGCGUGAACAUUGUUCCUGGUUAAGAGGGGUCAGCACCAACAUGUCUAACGGUGGUCCUCGGGAAGGCAGUUGGAAACCCACUUGCCCAGUUACCUCACACCUGAAAACCUGAAAGUAUUGUAUUUCUGUCCUGACAAGAAUACCCAAAUGAGAAACUGUAACUGUAUUUAUUUGUUUAUUGUGUUUUCCAUCUUUUUUUAAAGAUAACUUCAAAAAAGCAA